AUGGAAAUGUCCACUGCUGCGGCGGACGGGAGCCAAUGUAAACAUUCCCACACACACAGACAGCAGUACCCGUACCUGUGCUCUGUGUUGUGUCCGUCCAGAGCAGAGAGCAUCCGUACACUCUCAUCCACCCACGAUCCCGGUCUCAGUCCCACCCACAUCGACACAAUCAACAUAUCGUACGGGCUACUCGCAAGUCACAACAUUCACUCACCACCCCCCCCUUGCCCUGGCAACGCUCGUAACCGUCGUCUUUUUGCAUCUCGCUGCGCGCUGCUGCUGCUCAUCCAUCCAAUCCAACCAUCAGCCGUCUCACACCCACACCCCCCAGCCCCCCCGUCUUCAAAACCCAAUCCGCAUCGCACAUCUUCACCGACCCUCUUCUCCCUCCUUCUUCCCUCUCCAUCCAUCUUCAAAGCUUCAAUUCCGCCUCGCGCUCCCUCCGCUCAAGCCGCUCACCGUCCAUCACCCCUUUCCUCCAAAUCCAAAAGAGAAGAGAAAAGCACAAGAAGCGCGCCAAGAGGAUACUCUUCUUUGCCUUCCUUGCUCCGGGAACGCUUAGAAGAUUCUCCUCUCUGCGACCUCAAGGCCGUCAAUCUGGAUUUUGAAGCCCGUAUCCCCGUCCCCUUUAGCGUCUUUCCCUCCACCUACAAGGAGAGUGAGACACAAACCCAGACCCAGACCGUCACACAGACUCACGAAGAGCUUGAGAUCAAGCUCCCCGAGAAGAAGCCUCAGAAGCCCGGACGGGAAGGUCAAUACUCUUCCUUCACUGCCACCGCCGCUGAACAGCAGCUCCCUCUCCCUCCCCGGAAAGAACAGCGCUUCAGCGAAGAAGAGGUCCGUAUCGAAGAACAUUACCACCGUCCCGGUGUCCACCACGAGUCCCACCACUACCGUGAGGAGUACCGCCCUGCCCCUCCUCCUCCCGUUCAGCAAACCACUCAAGAGUUCCACGACACUCGCAUCCACCACCACGACACUCGUGUUGAGAUCGACACCCGUCACCACGAGCACCUGGUAAACCCCAUUGAUAAGAUCGAACGCCAGUACCGCCAACGCUUCCAGCCUACCUACCACCGCGAGGAAGUCACUGUUGAGCACUUCCCUGCUCACCAUCACCACCACCACUCUCACUCUCACGUCGACGAAUACACCGUCGACGCCCAAGCUGAGCGCCCCCGCCCUCAGUACAAGGAGACCGUAAAGGUUACCGAAGAGACCAUCGAGCCCGCUCGCUUCUCGCGCCCCCAACACAAGUCCAAGAUGGGUUACUACGACGACGACGGCCACGACCGCUACGAGGUCUCGGAGGUCCGCUCCUCCACCUCGGCCCGCCGCCAGCCCUCCCCCUCCACCGGCGGUGCCCCCAACCUGCCCAACACCGUCACCAUCCCCUGCCACCACAUCCGCCUCGGCGACUUCUUGAUCCUCCAGGGCCGCCCCUGCCAGGUCAUCAAGAUCUCCACCUCGGCCGCCACCGGCCAGUACCGCUACCUCGGUGUCGACCUCUUCACCAAGCAGCUCCACGAGGAGUCGUCCUUCAUCGCCAACCCCGCCCCCAGCGUCGUCGUCCAGACCAUGCUCGGCCCCGUCUUCAAGCAGUACCGCGUCCUUGACCUCGCCGACGGCCAGGUCACCGCCAUGACCGAGACUGGCGACGUCAAGCAGGGCCUGCCCGUCAUUGACCAGUCCAACCUCUGGUCCCGCCUCAACAACGCCUUCGAGUCCGGCCGCGGCAGCGUCCGCGUCCUCGUCCUUAACGACAACGGCCGCGAGCUCGCCGUCGACGUCAAGGUCAUCCACGGCUCUCGUCUGUAAAGAAAUGAAAAAAAGAAAGGCCCCAUCCCAUCAUCAUCCCCCGGUUGUGUGUGGUCUGGGCUAUCUAGCAAUAUGUCAUGUACGAAUUACAGAUGAUCAAGUGUAAUGGAGAAAUUGAAGACGACUUUUUAUUUGUUUGGGACGACACACAAAAAACUUGUCGGAUAUCGGAUCUCGCGGAGUCUUUUAAGUAGAUACAUAGCCUCCUGUAUAUGAUCUCUCAUCCACGUGUUGUUGGUACUAUG